CACAUGCUAGACAAGUGUUCCACCACUGAGUCACAACCCCAGGCCCCUGGGAAAAGAAUAUUUGAGUGUCAUUCUUAAAGAAAGAAAAGAAAGCAAGGAUAUAAUGCCUAGAAUUGGAGCCAGUUAAACUAGUAAGAAUGUAAUUUAAGGAAUGAGAGACAAGGAAGAAAGACCAUUCAUCUUGGAAAGAUCCCAAGCACUUUGAAAUUUUGAAGGAAUGUAAUACUAGCUGCUAAAAUCACCAGAAUGGAUGAAGUUCUUCAAAUUUAAAUGAUUGAUCAUACUUAGAAGAGCUACUGUAAUAAUAUAGGGGAGGUGAAAACUAACAGAUGAACGUUUUGCUAUGCACUGAAAGAAAAGCAUUGUCUGUGAAGUUCUAAUUUUAAAAAUGUCUGCUUGUAACACCUUCACUGAACACGUUUGGAAACCUGGUGAAUGCAAGAAUUGCUUUAAACCUAAAAGCUUGCACCAACUCCCCCCGGACUCUGAGAAGGCACCCACCACCCAUGGCAAUGUGAAAACUAAUGCCAACCACAGUAAUAACCACCGCGUCAGGAACACCGGAAAUUUCCGGCCUCCUGUGGCUAAAAAACCCACUAUAGCUGUGAAGCCCACUAUGAUGGUGGCAGAUGGGCAAAGUGUGUGUGCUGAGCUUAACAUCCAAGAACACUGUGAGAACAAACCUGUUAUCGUGGGGUGGAACCGAAACAGGACUGCCUUGAGUCAGAAACCACUUAACAAUAAUAAUGAAGAUGAUAUUGAAGGAUUUAGCCAUGUUCCUAAGCCUUAUGGCAAUAAUGAUAGUGCAAAGAAGAUAUCAAAUAACAAUAAUGGUCUAACUGAAGUGUUAAAAGAGAUAGCAGGUUUGGAUACCAACCCUCAGAUUAGAGGAAAUGAAACAAAUUCCAGAGAAACAUUCUUAGGAAGAAUAAAUGAUUGCUACAAACGAUCAUUGGAAAGAAAGCUUCCUCCAAGUUGCAUGAUAGGUGGCAUCAAGGAUACUCAGGGCAAACAUGUUAGUUUGAGUGGGAGCACAGAAGUCAUCAGUAAUGAAGGGGGCCGGUUCUGCUACCCAGAGUUCUCUAGUGGUGAGGAGAGUGAGGAAGAUGUACUUUUCAGUAACAUGGAGGAGGAGCAUGAAAGCUGGGAUGAGAGUGAUGAAGAGCUACUGGCCAUGGAGAUUCGCAUGAGGGGUCAACCCCGCUUUGCUAACUUUAGAGCAAACACUUUGUCUCCUGUUCGAUUCUUCGUGGACAAAAAAUGGAAUACCAUCCCCCUACGAAAUAAGUCACUCCAGAGAAUCUGUGCUGUGGACUAUGAUGACAGCUAUGAUGAAAUCCUGAAUGGUUACGAGGAAAAUUCUGUAGUCUCCUAUGGUCAAGGAAGCAUUCAGAGCAUGGUGUCAUCUGACUCCACAUCACCAGAUUCUUCUUUAACAGAAGAAUCUCGUUCUGAGACAGCCAGUAGUUUAUCCCAGAAGAUUUGUAAUGGGGGGCUAUCUCCUAGUAAUCCAGGAGAGUCUAAGGACAUGAAGGAAAUUGAACCCAAUAAUGAAAGCCUUCCUGGUAAUAAUCUGGAGAAGGAAUCAUCACAAGCUUCCAAAAGCUCAGUAAAAGUUCCAGAGACCCACAAAGCAGUCCUUGCUCUCCGAUUAGAGGAGAAGGAUGGCAAGAUAGCUGUGCAAACUGAGAAACAAGAAAGUAAAGCCUCUACAGAUAUUGCUGGGCAAGCAGUAACCAUAAACCUCGUCCCUGUAGAAGAGCAAGCAAAGCCCUACCGAGUUGUAAAUCUGGAACAGCCAUUGUGCAAGCCAUAUACUGUCGUAGAUGUGUCAGCAGCCAUGGCCAGUGAGCACCUCGAGGGCCCUGUUAAUAGCCCGAAGACAAAAAGCUCAUCUUCUACUCCAAACUCCCCAGUGUCUUCACCUGCAUUGACACCGGGACAGAUAAGUGCCCAUUUCCAAAAAUCUAGUGCAAUCCGAUACCAGGAAGUGUGGACUUCCAGCACCAGUCCACGACAAAAGAUCCCUAAAGUGGAAUUAAUUACUGGUGGAACUGGACCAAAUAUCCCGCUAAGGAAAAACUGUCACAAGUCAGCACCUACUUCACCCACAGCUACAAACAUUUCCUCUAAAACCAUCCCUGUUAAGUCACCUAAUUUGUCUGAAAUAAAAUUUAAUAGUUACAACAACGCUGGUAUGCCACCUUUUCCAAUUAUUAUUCAUGACGAACCAACUUAUGCUCGGAGUUCCAAAAAUGCUAUUAAAGUUCCCAUUGUUAUUAAUCCAAAUGCAUAUGACAAUCUAGCCAUCUACAAAAGUUUUCUGGGAACUAGUGGAGAACUCUCAGUCAAGGAAAAAACCACAAGUGUAAUAAGCCAUACUUAUGAAGAAAUAGAAAGUGAAAACAAAGUAUCUGAUGCCACUAGCAAACCUACUGAAUGUCCCCAAGCCAAAGGGUUUUCAAAUAGCACAGAACGUAAAAGGGGCUCAGUGGCUCAGAAGGUUCAGGAGUUUAACAACUGCCUCAACAGAGGUCAGUCUUCCCCACAGAGAAGUUACAGUUCCAGCCACAGCUCCCCAACAAAAAUCCAGAGAACCACUCAAGAACCUGUGGCCAAAACAGAAGUCACACAGGAACCUCAGCUGGUGGACAACAGUGGCAGCGCCAGGGAAAAAGCAAGCAUAGUGCUUUCCCAGAUUGUGGCUGCUAUCCAACCCCCCCAGUCUCCUCCAGAAACACCUCAGUCUGGCCCCAAGCCUUGUAGUGUGGAAGAACUUUACGCCAUCCCUCCAGAUGCUGGUGCUGCAAAGAGUACACCUAAGAGUACACCAGUGCGACCCAAGUCUCUCUUCACAUCUCAGCCUAGUGGUGAAGCUGAAGCACCUUUGACCACAGAAAGUUCUACCACUAAAGUACAGAAAGACCCAUUCUCAAAGCCAGUCGCCUCCCCUCCUUCUAAAUUAGUGAGCAGCCCUCAAAGUGAGCCACCACCUCCGUUUCCCCCACCACGCUCUACUUCUUCCCCUUACCAUGCAAGUAACCUUUUGCAGAGGCAUUUUACCAACUGGACAAAGCCAACCAGCCCUACCAGAUCAACAGAAGCUGAAUCAGUCUUGCACCCUGAAGGUAGUAGGCGGGCAGCUGAUGCAAAGCCUAAACGCUGGAUCUCAUUUAAAAGCUUCUUCCGCCGCCGGAAAACAGAUGAGGAAGAUGACAAAGAGAAAGAACGAGAGAAAGGGAAACUGGUGGGCCUUGAUGGCACAGUCAUCCACAUGCUGCCUCCUCCUCCAGUUCAGCGCCAUCACUGGUUCACAGAGGCAAAAGGAGAGUCCAGUGAGAAGCCAGCCAUUGUCUUCAUGUACAGGUGUGACCCUGCCCAGGACCAGCUCAGUGUGGAUCAAAGUAAGGCCAGGGCUGACCAGGCAGCAGUCACAGAAAAGGGUAGAACAGAAGAUCCAUUACUACGGGACUCAGAAAAGAAGAAAAGUAGUCAUUCUUCUCCAUCACAGAUUCCUGAUAAGGUUCACAGUCACAUGACACAUGAAGUGACAGAAGAAUUUUCUCCACGGGAUCCAAGAACUGUUGUCAAACAGGAUGGUGGGAGCCGCACCUCAGUCACACCAGCACUGCCCGCCCCUGACCUGGAAAGGGAAGAGGAAAAAGAAGACACUUCAGAUCCUGUGGACCUGAACCCCUGUAGUGCAACAUACAGCAACUUAGGGCAAUCUAGAGCAGCCAUGAUACCUCCCAAGCAUCCACGGCAGCCCAAGGGAGCUUUGGAUGAUGCCAUUUCCUUUGGAGGAAAAACAGACCAAGAAGCACCAAAUGCUUCCCAACCCACACCACCCCCACUGCCAAAGAAAAUGAUCAUAAGAGCUAAUACAGAGCCAAUCUCCAAAGACAUCCAGAAAACCAUGGAAAGUAGUCUUUGUGUCAUGGCCAAUCCCACCUAUGAUAUCGACCCCAAUUGGGAUGCCAGCAGUGCUGGUUCUUCCAUUAGCUAUGAACUCAAAGGACUGGACAUUGAGUCUUAUGACUCCUUGGAGAGACCUUUGCACAAGGAGAGACCCAUCCCUUCAGCAUCAAACAGCAUCUCCAGCUUAACCACUCUCAGUAUUAAGGACAGAUUUUCCAACAGCAUGGAAUCCCUGUCCAGCCGACGUGGUCCCUCUUGCAGACAGAGUCGAGGCAUGCAGAAGCCACAGAGACAAGCACUUUAUCGAGGACUUGAAAAUCGGGAGGAAGUGGUGGGUAAAAUCCGAAACCUUCAUACAGAUGCCUUGAAGAAACUGGCUAUUAAAUGUGAAGACCUCUUUAUGGCUGGACAGAAAGAUCAACUUCGUUUUGGGGUAGACAGCUGGUCAGACUUUAGGCUAACCAGUGACAAGCCAAGUUGUGAAGCAGGUGAUGCAGUUUACUACACUGCCUCCUAUGCAAAAGAUCCACUGAAUAACUAUGCAGUUAAGAUCUGUAAGAGCAAAGCUAAAGAAUCUCAGCAGUAUUAUCAUAGCUUGGCUGUUCGGCAAAGUCUGGCUGUUCAUUUUAACAUCCAGCAGGACUGUGGGCAUUUCCUUGCUGAAGUCCCUAAUCGUCUGCUUCCCUGGGAGGAUCCCAAUGCCCCUGAAACGACAGAGGAUGAAUUGGAAGAGAGCGAAGAAGAGGUGAAGGGAGAAACUAAUGGGAAAAACCCAGAGGCCUGCUCUGAAACAGAGUCAUCUCAGAAAGAUAGCCGGGCAGUCCCAAGCAGGAAGCAGAGAAGCCACGUUGUGGUCAUCACCAGAGAGGUUCCCCAUCUCACUGUGGCUGAUUUUGUGAGAGACUCUCUGGCCCAUCAUGGUAAAUGCCCUGACUUGUAUGAGAGGCAAGUGUGUCUGCUGCUCUUACAGCUGUGCUCUGGCCUUGAGCACCUCAAGCCCUACCAUGUCACUCACUGCGACCUACGCCUAGAGAACCUGCUGCUUGUCCACCACCAGCCUGGGGGAGCCACCCAGGCCCUGGCUGCAGAGCCCAGCCCCACCUCAUCUUUUCCCAUGAGGCUUAUUGUGAGCAACUUCUCUCAGGCCAAGCAGAAGAGCCAUCUGGUGGACCCCGAGAUCCUCCGGGACCAGUCCCGCCUUGCCCCUGAGAUUAUAACGGCCACCCAAUAUAAAAAGUGUGAUGAGUUCCAGACAGGCAUCCUCAUCUACGAGAUGCUGCACCUGCCCAACCCCUUUGAUGAGAACCCAGAGCUGAAGGAGAGGGAGUACACUCACGCAGACCUGCCUCGCAUCCCUCUCCGCUCCCCCUAUUCCCGGGGCCUGCAGCAGCUGGCCAGUUGCCUCCUGAAUCCCAACCCUUCUGAGCGCAUCCUCAUUUCCGACGCCAAAGGCAUCCUCCAGUGUCUGCUCUGGGGCCCUCGUGAAGAUCUCUUCCAGACGUUCACCGCCUCCCCAAGCCUAGUGCAGAGGAACACCCUGCUCCAAAACUGGCUGGACAUCAAGCGAACGCUGCUGAUGAUCAAGUUUGCUGAGAAGGCCCUGGAUAGGGAGGCAGGGAUCAGCCUUGAGGAUUGGCUUUGUGCUCAGUAUCUAGCCUUUGCCACUACAGACUCGCUUGGUUGUAUUGUGAAAAUCCUGCAACACCGUUAAUGUGGCCUGGAUACUGCUUUUACUACAUUUCCACCUUCUUCAUGUUCCCCCUGUACUGCCCCAUCCUAGUACUUCAAAGAAAGGAGAGAGACAAACCUUCCAUCCCUGUCCAUAAACAGAUGGGUGCAUCAGAAGGCUAUCACAACUCCAGAUCAAGUGAGAAACUGAGUCUGUUUUCACUUUACAAAAAUUCAACUGCACAGACAUGUAGUCUCCUUCCCUUGGAACACUUUUCAUCCUAGUAGUCCCCCAAAUGCAGGUAAAAAAUGAAAAUGCACCUCUUUGAAGGGACAACUCCUGUGGUGUGAACUCAGUGAACUGUACCCAGCUCCUCCAUAAUUCUGAAGAUCACCUGUCUUUCUAUAAACAAGUAUUCUCACUAGCAAUAGCCAGACGUAACCAACCUCUGCCAUCAUCCCGUAAAUCUCACAACAGACUCCUUCUUCCUUUAGGCCUAUCAAUAACUGAGUCUUUGUCAGGCAGACUUGCAUCCUUAGUAUCAGGCCAGUUGUGGUUACCGGGGACUGUAUCUUUGUUCCAGCAGACAGUAGAAAGAAAAGGAGCAAUCCCUACACUUUAGGUCAUAGACCCAUUUUCAUUUCUAUUAUCAAUAAGUGUGUGUACUGCACGGAGGACAGCUCUAACAGCCUCCUUCUGCUCUCACUGCUGAUUCUCCUUCACCUCUGCUCAGACCCCACUUGCUAAUGAAGUUUGUGUUUAUCAGCCACUUGCAGCCCAUUACAGAGCUGACCCAAGGUGUUGUCACCAGUGCCUCAGCAGGGUGGAACACAGUUCAGAGCUUUUAAAUAGCUGGCAGGACACGAGGAAAUCUCCUCGCAUGUGCAAUUCUCCAGGGUCACCAGGGAACAGAGUUUAAAGUACUACUCUUUGAUUACUGUCAGGGCUGUCAGCGUUGGUAGCCAGGGAUGGCAGUGCCUGGAUCAGAGUUUUCCCCCCGAGCAGUAAUUGGCCGGCUUCCUUCUAUCAGUAGCCAGUGUUAACUAGUCGACCAAAUGCUGUAGACAACAGCCUUGAAUGAAAUGGCUGUCAGCUUAGCUCUAAGAUUUCCUUAGAUGGCACUGUGAGGCUGACUACCUAGAUGACCAGAAGGCAGGGGACAGGGAGAAGGCCACUGAUGAGAUGCUGACCUCUUCCAGAAAGACUUCCUUCUGGUGUAAGUGGCACAUAGUUCCCAGGACUCUCAAAUGACUCUGGAGGACAGCUUCACACGAAGACUGAUUGCUGAGGUGGGUGGCUGAGAGCUGCUGGCUGUGCUUCUCCGUGGAUGUAUGUGCAAUCUUUGUAUCUGUAUUUUAGCUGUAUAUUACAGUGUCUAUGUUGCAACCUCACCUGAAGCGAGAUCUACAGAAGCCUUUCCCUUCUUCCCUCAGCACAUAUUUGUGAGAAGACAAAUGUUCCUUCCACCUGAGUGUGCGUGUGUAUGUGUGUGUGUGCGCGCUUGAUGUAUUCAGAACUGUGAGUAUUUGUUUACUUCAACCUUGAAAUCCCAAGAGUCACUCAAACAGCAUGAGUGUGUGUACAGGUGUGUGCUUGUGUAUGUGUGUGUGCACACACGUGCUGGAAUUAGAAGCCAGGCCUCUGGGAAAGCAGCUUAUGUGGCAGGGUUGACAGGAGCAUUCUGUGCACUUAGGUGGCAAGAGAGCCCAGGGCCCUCAUCCACCAGCGCAGUUUUCUUAAAGCCGAGACUGAUUGUGCAGUAUUACUUAGAUGGCAUAUUAGUGGCCUUGGAAAUUUCUAAACUUUUAACAUUUCUAACAGCCUUUCAUGUGAUUCGCCUGUCAAAGAGGAUCAAGAAAGGAGAAGAAUGUAUUUUAUUGUGCUUUUUUUUUUUUUUUAAGAGAAUGACAUGUGAGGCUCCACAUGGAGGAUAUCCUUGUCCUCCUGGCAAGAGGGCUGGUGGGCCCACAAGAGAGUCUUGCCUAGGAUGACCAUGGAGUUGGCAUGCCGCUGCAGGCCAGCAGUCCACUCCCUAAGUGUCCUGUGGCAUGGCUGCACCUUGCCUGGCAGGCUGGCGUUUGGUUCAUCUUAGCAUAGCCCAUGUGCACAUAACUCCUUGCUUAAUUAUGCACUGAACUGGCAGCAUAGACCACUGACCAUGUCAGCCAGCACAUUCCCUAACCACCCCCCUCAGUUUGUAAAUUGAGACAUACUUUCUCAAUGUCACUCUCCUGGUGCCUUGCCCAUGUAAAUUUGAAUGUUGACUAUUUAAUGAGGUUACAUAUUUAAUGCAGACUGUUCCCUGGUCCCUCUGUUUGUUCUGUCUCUGGGAGUCUUCGCCCUGCCGUUAUGACUUGUGUUCAGCCUUCCCUUCCACUCCACAGUAGAACAAGCACGGACCCCCCACUACCGCCGUCUCACAGCACUGGUAACCACGCACCUCCUCGUACUGCACGUAUUUAGUACUGUUUCUAUGUCCAUGUUUGUGAAGGGCAGAAGAGGAAUGCCAGCUAGUCAGAGAAGGGCCUCAGGCUUCCCAGAGACAGGUGGCUACAUUAAUUUUCUCUGGGUGAUGGCCAAAGAAUGUGAGGGGGAGAGAAAGAGGGUGUUACAGGUCAGAACAGAAUAGAGAAAAGAACUGCAUUUCUAGGUAAGCAGUGUAGCAGAUGAUCCUCAGAAUAUUUUUCUAAAAUAAUUAAAUUCAGUCAUUCUAACACUAUCAUAAAUAUUUUACAUUUCCAUUUUAAUUGUGGUAGGAGCUUUUAAUUAAUUCAUCAACUGUAAAGAAAUCCUACCCUCUGUACUGCACACACAUUUAAUAUAUAUAUAAUAUAUUAUAUAUUAUAUAUAACUCAUAAUAUAUAUUAUAUAUAUGAGUUUUGGAUUGUGACUAGUAUAGCACUUUAAGUUUUCUCAAGUAACAUCAAGUUAUUGUCUUCAAUAUUGAUUAGAAAUCUUUUUCUUUUCUGUUGAAGUCUAUAGUAUAGAUCCUUUCAUUCAUGUUGAGAGUUUGAACAAUUAAACCCAUGUUGGAAUUUUUCCUUAAGCCACAUGAGCAUGAACAAUCUCUGACACAUUUGGGUGCUAGAGAGAGAGGCCAGUGGCUAGAGCCAGAAUGAAUGUAUCGCAGAGUGCCUUGUUAGAGUGGUAACCUAGUUUUGGAGGGAAAAGAAAGGGCCAAGGGUGUUCCACAGAAAGAGCUAGGCCAGCCCUCCUGUGCCAGCAGAGGAAGGUCCUUUUGGAAUGUGCACGCGAACGUCAUGCACAGAAACUGAUCAGGAAGAACAAACGACAGCAAUGAGAAAAAGAGCAGUUAUAACCUGUGGAACGACGACGUGCGAAUCACAGGUGAGGUCCACCAACCCCAAGAUGGAGUUAGAGCUGUAAGCCAGGAGUAUGGCAGUGAGUUUCGGGAUUUGCCCCCAGAAGGUGAAUUGGGUGAGGUGGAGGGGCACAAGCAUCCCUCCUACCCACCUACUGAUGUCAAUGGGUGAAAAGAAGACACACCAGGAUUUAGAGUCAGAGCACCUCCAGUGUCAGAUUAGGCCUGUCGGCUUCCAAACUCAAUAAAUAUAUAUGUGAACCCAGAAAACUCUAAGCCAAGACGUCUCAACCUCCAGGAAUGUUAAUGAUAUUUCUGGGAAUAAAACUACCUAAAACUGUAUUUUAAAUUCUCCAAUAUUCUAAAAUUUCCACAAAAGACUUUUGGGGCCCACUAGAUAUAAGGCCCAGAAAGACUGCAGCCCACUCUCCAAAGUUGAACUGUGACUACUUUGGAACUGGGAAGUAAGCAGACAUUUAAUUUUGCUGGUAACAUGCAAUUAGGAUUUUCCCCUAUCUUGGCAGUGAUCUGGGAAAAAAAUACUAGUCCCAGAAAUUUGGAUGGAUUUAGGAUCCCACACUGUAUUUCAAGUGAUUCUAGAUGUACAAGUGUGAACAUACUUGGAGAAAAGGACAAGAGGAACUUGACUCCCUGGGCCGACACUGGCAUGCUUUUCAUUCCCCUCACUAGUGGAUAAAGAUUGAAGAUUCUGCCAGCCUAAUAAGUGAACAGAAUGGCUGCCCAUGAACCUGGUUAUUAGAUUUACCUCAUUGGAGCUCAUAUUCUCAAAGGCCCAAAGUGCUGUGCCAAGACAUACCCAAGUGCUGCUCUUGCUGGAGUGUGCACCGAAGUCCAGCUGUCCGUGCUCACAGUGACAUCACAGGGGGGCUUCCACAGACCAGAAAAGAUGCCCUGGGGGAAGUCGGAGGAGGUGCAGUGCGAGACCCUAGACAGAUUAUACCAAAGAAAUCAAGCUCUUUUAUCCCGAUGCUUCUCAGAUGACGAGGUUAAGUUGUGACAGAUGCCAGGGGAGGGAAAUUCACGUACAUUCCAUGUCAGGGUAUUCAGCUGAUAAAUAACCCAUCCUUUAAAAAGCACCUAUUUUUUUUAAGCAGUCCAUUUUGUAUAUUAGAAGAAGAUAAUGAAGAUGGUGGAAGCCUGGAGCAGACAGUGAAGUCCCUGGUAUCUAGGGAGAAGCUCUUCCGGCCCUGUAGCACGGCUGUGGCUGUUGUCCUGACCUCAGCGUGGGAACUUCAUAUGAUGCUGAGAGCUGAAGUUUUUUUGUUUUUGUUUUUUUAAGAGUAUAGUUUCAAUAGGUUUAAAGAACUCUUGGGAAAUUUCUUAACAUAUUCUACCGUUUUUAUAAACCUUCCUGCAGAGGUGUUUACCAUUCAGCAUCACCAUCAUUUAGUAUUUAUAAGUGCCCAGACUGUACAAGGUGCUAUACAGCUGUUACACACCCCCACUCUGCAGCUGUUUGAAAUUAGAAUAGAUGUUGCAUCAGCCACUGCUGGAAGCUUUGCCCGCCUAGGUGGGCCACAGGGGCCUGCAUUCCAACAGCCCUCCCACGCUCGCACGCUGAGAGCCUCCUAGUCUGUUCCUGCUUACCUCGCCCAUCCCACCCACCCCCAUGGAUUUUUUUAAUCAAGAAAGUUUCAGGGAAUCAAGAAAAGUCAGAAAAUUUUUUAACCUAGCAGAACUACAGAGUUAUAUAUUUUGCUAUGAAUAUUAUUGUAGUACAGAAAAUCCCCUUUGCCCAUUAGUGUGUGUGCACACUCUGGAUAACUUGAAUAUUGGACCAGCCCUGUGGCUUCAGGGUUGCGUUGCUAAAAGGUUAAACCACACUGCAUCAGGAAGCCUGCUCCAGAUACUACCUGGUUAUCCCUUCCCUUACUGAUUCUCAAGAGGAUGGUGUGUGAACACACCGGGCUGGGAUUUUCUGUUGAUGUGCAGGGCAUUUUGGCAUGAGAUGAAGGCAAAAGCAAGAUGUCAUCCAUCUCAGUGAUUUGAAUCAUGACAGUCCUCAUUCCGAUCUCUCUUUAAUUCUCCAUGGCAUUGCCCACACUAUAUUUGAAAAUCUUGUUUCUCUUACUCUUUGUAGAGCUUAACCUUCCUACUUUCAUAUUUUAGAGUUGUAUUAAUCGCAACAGGUCCCCUCAGUCAUCAGUGGCGCCGCCCUUUGGUUUGCUGUGGUACUUUUGCUGUGUACUCUGUGACAUCAUGUUACUGUGUAAAUAAAUUCAUUUUAAUAUACAU